UAGGCGAAGCCAAACGGGACGCCGGGCUAACGAUCUGAGCUUUCACACCCGAACAGACACAGGGGCUCCACCGGGUUACCGCACCGUCUGAACCCCACCGGGACAGCUUUGUAGGGGGGCCGCUUUCGCUCGCGUUCGUGCAGGCUAAAUAAACGCAAAAAUUGGGAUAUUAAAAUAAUAGAUUUCGCCUAUCAUGCGAGGGAAAAGGGGCAGGCCGCCCAAACCGCUACCAGCCGAGGACUCUUCUCCGGCUGCGACCCGAGGUCUGAGACCCAGGAGGAACCUGAAGCCCCGGCUCAGGGACAGCGGGGACGAGGACGCAGAGAGCCCCACAAGGGAGACCACCAAGUCGGCGAAGAAGAGGAAAGCGGGCUCCGUCACGUCAACACGGGGCAGGGGACGAGGGAGAGGAGGCGGCGGAGGGAGAGGAGGCAGGAGAGGAGGCAGGAGGGGAGGAAAGAGGACUCCUGCCUCCAAAACAGUGGUGUACGACGACCACGAGAGUGACGAGGAGGACGAUGCUGUCAGCCUGAGGUCGGAGGAGGAAGAGUAUGUUGAGGAGGAAGCUCAGUCCGAAGAGGAUGAGGCCCUCAAAGAGGAGUCUGAUUGCCUUGAAGAUGAUCUGCUGGAGGAGGAGGAGGAGGAGGAGGUGGAGGAUGAUGCCAGCUACUGUACAGAGAGUAGCUUUAGGAGUCAGAGCACACACGCCAGCACUCCGGGGAAGAAAAAAAUACGUGCCCCCCGACCUCGCACUCCUGUCCUGGAGGAUAAAGAGAUUCCUCCUCUUGAGCUUCCUGACACCUCUGAGGAUCUCCUGGUGCCCAAUGAGGAGCUGCUCAAUGCCACCUCCAUCUACGAGGUGAUUCGGAACUUCAGCACGGUGCUUCGUCUCUCCCCCUUCCGCUUUGAGGACUUCUGUGCUGCGUUGGUAGGCCAGGAGCAGUGCACUUUAAUAGCAGAGACCCAUAAUUCCCUCUUAAAGGUAAUUCUACGGGAAGAGGAGACCUCAAACACUACUUUUGGCCCAGCUGACCUAAAAGACAGCGUCAACUCCACUCUGUACUUUAUCGACGGCAUGACGUGGCCGGAGGUGUUGCGGUCUUACUGCGAGAGCGACCGGGAGUACCAUCACGUCCUGCCGUUUCAGGAGCUGGAUGACUAUCCCUAUGGCCCCCUUGAAAGUAAGAUCAAGGUGUUACAGUUUUUGGUGGACCAGUUUCUCACCACCAACAUCGCCCGUGAGGAGCUGAUGUCGGACGGCAGCAUGCAGUACGACGACCACUGCCGCGUGUGUCACCGCCUCGGGGACCUGCUGUGCUGUGAGACCUGCUCAGCAGUCUACCACCUGGAGUGUGUGAAACCACCACUGGAGGAGGUUCCAGAGGACGAGUGGCAGUGUGAGAUUUGUGUUGCACACAAGGUGCCGGGUGUCACAGACAGUGUGACCGAGGCGCAGAAGAACAGACCCUACAUCCGCCAGGAGCCCAUUGGAUAUGACCGCCACCAGAGGAAAUACUGGUUCCUAAACAGAAGGAUUAUUGUCGAGGAGGACGGGGAGCAUGAGAAGAAAAAGAUCUGGUACUACAGCACCAGGACGCAGCUGGAGGAGCUCAUGGAGUGCCUGGAUAAGCAGUACUGGGAGAUGGACCUCCAUGCAACCCUGGAGGAGAUGAAGGAGGAAGUGCAAGCUCUCAUGGACAUCACAGAGGACCUGACCAACAAAGCCCGUGGAAACAAUAAAGCCUACCUCACUGCUGUCAACGAUGUGGUCAUGGAGCGCCUGAAGGUCAGGCAGGAGGCACAGGAAGCAAAGAGGCGAUCAGAGGAAGUAAAGCCGGAAGCAGAAACGGGCUCAGCUAAGACGGCAGAGGACACUGCCCAGUCCACAUCGCUGCUGGACAACGGAGAGCACAAAGACACUGAGGCCAAGGAAGAUUCUAGUUCACAAGCAGUCACGGUUCCCCCUGCUGCAGAGGAGAGCUGCAUGUCCGACGUUAACCCGGGCUCGGCCACCCAGGACACAGCCGUUCCAAAAACGGAGUCCCUUGAACCUAAUAAGGAGACGCAGUCUGCUCACUGCACGAGCCAGGAGAGUGGGGAGUCCCCUGUGGUGGCGAAGCAGGAAAGGACAGAUGAGGAUGUGAAAGCAGAGUCGAGUAGUGAAGACAAGCCCCCUGAAGAUUUCCAAGACCAGCCACCGCCGCAGCCAUCCCAACCAGAGGCAGGCAGCCAGGCUUCAGGCCUCAGGAAACCAGAGCAGCCGGACCUGGCUGAUCGCUCCUCCCAGUCCUCGUUCACCAGCCAGGACGGGACAGACGAGUACAACGACAGGUUCAAGAGGGACGGAGGGAGACCAGCACGACAGGAAUCCAAUAACCACACACCCAGAGGCAGCAAAGAGCCAUCUCCCGUCCGCUCUGAUGGUGAAUCUUCACGUCUCAGCUUCCUCAAAAGGGACCUGACAGUGAAUUUGAACAACUUGUUCAAACUGGGUCAGGAGGGUAAAUACAGGGUCUACCACAACCAGUACAGCACCAACGUCCUGGCUCUGAACAAACAUCAGCACCGCGAGGACCACGACAAGAGACGCCACCUCUCCCACAAGUUCAGCCUGACCACCGCGUCAGAGUUCAAAUGGAACGGCUCCAUCUACGGUUCACGGAGCCUCACCGUCUCCACCCUGCGUCUCACCAUCAUCCAGUUGGAGACCAAUGUCCCAGGACCAUUUAUGCAUCCAAACUGGGCAUCACACAGGACCAACUGGAACAAAGCAGUGCAGAUGUGCAGCAAGGCCAGGGAGUUUGCUUUGGCCUUGGCUAUACUGGAGUGUGCCAUUAAACCAGUGGUCAUGUUGCCUGUAUGGAAAGAUUCUCUUGGACACACAAGGCUGCAUCGUAUGACCUCCAUGGAGCGGGAGGACAAAGAGAAGGUGAAAAGGCGAGAGAAGAAACUGGAGGAUGAGGAGACACUGCAACAGGCCACUUGGGUGAAGUACACCAUCCCCAUCAAGCACCAGGUUUGGAAGCAGAAGGGGGAGGAGUACAGAGUGACGGGGUACGGAGGCUGGAGCUGGGUCAGUAAGACUCACGUGCCGCGAUUCGUCCCAAAGCUACCAGGCAACACAAAUGUAAACUAUCGCAAAGAACUGGAGGCUAAAAUGAAGAAAGAAAGGGCAGCAGCUCGCGCUAAUAAGCAGAAAACAUUGAUAGAACCUGAGGAGCAGGCUACUCAAAACACAUCGGACAAGGACGGCGAACAAGCAUCCGUCACUGCGUCAUCUGAGAGCACCUUGUCAGAGGAGGACUGCAAGCCUCAGACCUCCAAAGAGGAAGAAAAACCCACCGAGGAGGAGGAGGAGCAGGGCAAGAAUCUAGAAGAGAAGAGUGAAGAUGAAAAAAUGGAGGUUGAGCCCUGCUCACAAACUGCUGCUUCAAGUGACGAGAAAGAUCAAGCUGAAAACGAAGGCUCUUCCUCGCCUUCUGUGGAGCCUGUGAGGGAAGAACCGGUCCAGAAAGUUGAAGAACCCAAGAAGGAGGAGACCACGGCAUCAAAGCCCUACUACGAUGUCGUGAAUGUCAGCGAGGGCUUCCAGCUGCGGACGGCUUAUAAGAAGAAGGUAAAGCCCUCAAAACUUGACGGGCUUCUGGAGCGGCGGGUAAAACAGUUCACCUUGGAGGAGAAGCAGAGGCUGGAGCGGAUGAGACAGGCGGCGCUGCUGUCCAAAACGGCCGCCACAAAGCCGACCUCCACGGUUAAAACCGAAGGAUCCACAUUGGCCAAACAGCAGCCUGCCGUGACCCCGUGUGUAAAAGAAGAGAAGGAGGAGGACCUUCAAGUGAAAGACCACGUGGUUAAAAAGCUUGACUUUGGCCAGGAGCCGACAAAAAUAAAGUCAGACAUGGAUGUCAAAUCAGAAAGCGCAGCACCCAACCACAGCAAGCCCACGGAGGUAAACGCUGCGCAGGAGAACUGUGGGGAGGCUCACAAAGAAGUGAACGGAGGACUCCUGUCAAGCCCCGAGGCCAACAGUAAAAACAACGGUUUAUCAGAUGCAAUAGAAAAAACCCAGAAGCCAGAGGUGGCUCGAGUGGGAGAGAAUCCUAAGAAACGUCCGUACGAAGAAGUUGAGCAAGGCAGCGACCAGAGCACUGAGGUCGACCAAAGCAAGACCGCUCCAGUGCAGGUUAAUGGAAAACCUGACACUAACGCCCCUGCAGACUCGAACAUCAACUCGGACCCAGCCAGUCGAGUCCAAGGUGAUAUUAAAGAGGCUCAGAAGGAGCCUGUGAAGUCUCUGAUGAAUGGAAACAUCUCGCAAAAUGACGUGUCUGACAUAUGUCACCCGCCUCCCCUGAAAGUCCCAAAACUGGAAAACCACGUAGCAGCGAAAGAAGACACUCUGGACAGUGAGGGGACAGUACCUGCCAAGCUUCCAUCCUCAAGCCCUUCUCACGUGAAUAGUAAUAAUGCCGACAAUAACGGUAGUAGCGAAGGUUUAAAGACAACAGAGUCUCAGAAUGACCUGACCAGCAGCAGUAAGACUGAUGUGACGUCUCCAGCAGCAAGCAGUGCCGUCUCCUCGGUUACCACCACCACCACUACCCAGCCCUGCUCCACUGCAGCUGUCCCUCACAAAACUAAACCUCAAGUCACGGGCCCCUCAACCAGCUCCAUGACCAUCAGUAAAGAGUAUUCCACCAAAGACAGAGUCAGCCUUCUGAGAUUCUCCAAAUCCAAGAAGGCUCGCUCCGGGACAGCCCUGCCGUCCUACCGCAAGUUUGUCACCAAGAGCAGCAAGAAGAGCAUCUUCAUCCUGCCCAACGACGACCUGAAGAGGAUGGCGAGGAGAGCAGGGAUCAGAGAGGUGCCCAUCUUUAACUAUAACGCCAAGCCCGCCCUGGAUAUCUGGCCCUACCCUUCACCUCGGCCCACGUUUGGGAUCACAUGGAGGUACCGCCUCCAGACUGUGAGGUCACUAGCUGGAGUGAGCCUGAUGCUGCGGCUGCUGUGGGCCUGUCUCAGGUGGGACGACAUGGCUGUUAAGCCUUCUGCUGCUGUAGGGACGACACGGAAAGAAACUACAGAGACGGACAUCAUCACGACGGAAAUCAUUAAACGAAGAGAUGUGGGGCCUUACGGCAUCCGCUCAGAAUACUGCAUCAGGAAGAUCAUCUGUCCCCUCGGAAACAGAGACACCCCCAAAGAAACCCCGACUCCACAGAGGAAAGGCCUGCGCUCCAGCGCCUUGAGGCCCAAGAAGCACGAGCCGGCCAAGCUGACAGGACCUAUAGCUGUGGAGACGUGGGUGCCUGAGGAGGACCUGGAGCUGUGGGAGAUCAGGGCUUUUGCUGAAAGACUGGAGAGGGAGAAGUCACAGGGUAUUGAUUCCUCCAAGACUGGCACUACUCUGAAGACAGCAGAGGAUGUCAAGGCCCAUUUGGAGAAUCAGCUGAAACAGGCCAGACUGGCAGCCCAGCAGAAACGUCUGGAGCAGCCGAGACCGGGUACACCUGGCACCACUCCCACAUCCACCACCACCACCACCACCUUGCCCAGCACUCCCAGCACCCCCAGCACCCCAGUGUCCAUGGGCCAGAGGACAGGCCAGGUCACAUCUGGAACUAAGAUGGUCCUGGCCUCCAAACUGGGCUCUCCUGUUUCCUUCCAGCAAGACAAAAACUUCCAUCAAUCUUUUGCUUCCUGGGUCAAGCAGGGUCAGAACAACAGCAGCCCAGCCUCCAUUGGCUCGGUGGCCACCGUGGCCGGCAGCAUCGCCACCUCAGAGCAAACGUUCCAGAUCGCUGGCAGCCCAGUGACUGUGGCUGGCCAGGUCCUCGCCGCCAAACUCCCGCUCCCCGCUAACAGCAAGAUUGUCACGCUCAACAUGCCCACCACUCAAGGAGGUGUAGUCCAGCAGAAAGUCCUGGGCAUUUUCCCCUCUGGGCCCCCUGCAAACCUCAGAACAUACAGCACACUACACCCCACAACUGGAAACAUGAACCUCAGAGCCACCACCUCCUCAGCUACCCAGCAACAGACCGUCACAGCAGGAGGCCAAAUGCAGCCUGGCACGGCGGUGAGCCAGUCAUCCACCCUGUCUACCUCUGUGGGCACAGCGGUCAGGAGUCCAGCGUUGGCUCAGCAAGGCCAUCCCCAGCAGACUGUGGCACCAACGGGUGCUGGUACUACACCUGUGCAGACGACUGCAGCCCAGAGAGCAGCAGCACCUCAUGCAGCCACCACAGCACCUGCCCAGUCCCCCGGAGCUUCCUCUCAGCCCAACAGGCCACAGCAGGGUCAAGUUAAACUCACUAUGGCACAGCUCAUGCAGCUAACACAGGGAGCUCAGGGUGGAAACCCAGGUCUGACGGUGGUGAUCCAGGGUCAGGGCCAUACCCAGGGACAGCUGCAGCUCAUCCCACAGGGUGUCACCGUCAUCCCCAGUCCUGGCCAGCAGCUGAUGCAGGCAGCCAUGCCCAACGGCCAGGUCCAGCGCUUCCUCUUCACCCCCAUGCCCCCAUCCUCAUCAGCUCCAGCUACCACUCAGACCCCUCAAACCCAAAUGCCAAUCCCAACACAAGCUAGAACCCCUGCACAAGUCCAGACGACCCCCUCAGCCCUAGCCCAAACCCAAAUGGCAGCCCCGCUUCCUGUCCCAACACAAAUGCCAAGUUUGGCCCCCACAGUCCCUGUGCAAACCCAAGUUGCAGCCACCACCCCAUUAUCGGUACCUGCACAAUCUCAAAUAUCCACUCCUGUGCCUGCUCUGCCACAUGUCGCGGCCCAGGCGUCGACACAGGUUUUAUCCUCCACGCCGCCCUCUGUCCCUGCACAACCCCAGGUCGCGAGAUCUGUGCCUUCCCCAGCACAAACUGCAGGCCCAGCAAUGUCUCAGACACAAGUCUUCGCCUCAGCCUCUCCCCCUGCACAGAACAAAGUCCUCCCAGCUAUGGUGCAGACCCAAGGCUCCUUCCCCACACAAACCCAAACUGCAGUGUCACUACCUGUCCCGCGACAAGUUUCCCCUCAAGCCCAGACCCACGCCUUCAGCCCCGCCCCCGCCGUAGCCCCCGUCUCAGUCAAACCUGCUGCCACAGCCGCCGCAACUAACUCCCAGAUCGCUGCUUCUGCCUCUCUCCCCUCACCUGUCCAAGUUCCAACCCCUGCUCUCGCUCCCGUCUCCGCUCCUGUCAUAGCUGUUGUGUCCACCCACAUUGCUGUCCCGUCCCCAGCCAAAGCUCUAACCCAAAUCCAGGCCACAGCUCCCAUUCCUCUUCACGCGGCUGUGGCCAAUGCUGUCGUCACGCCAGUCACAGCCACCUCUACAACACCUUCAGUGCCAGCUCUGACCAUGCAGAGGGCAGCUCAGCCCCAGGUCUGGACUCCAGCCUCAUCUCAAGCUCAGACUCCAGUUCAGUCAGUUAAGCAGGCUGGAGCUCCCACUCAGACCCCUGCCCUGGCCCCCGUACCCGCCUCCGCAUCAGUCUCCAUACAUUCACCUGUCACCCCUCUGCCCCAAGCUUCUCUUCCUCCUCAAGCUCAAGGACACAUCCAGCACCCCACCGUUGUCUCCAUGCAGCAGGUGUCUCAAAUCCCAGUCUCGGCAGUCCCGGUCCACAUGGGAAUCCCAGUCUCUUCUGUUGUAACGACGGUCAGACAGCCUCAGCUCCAGCCCCAAACCCAUCCUCAACUCCAACCGCAGCGUCAAGCCCAAAUCUGUGCACAGAUUCAGGUCCAGCCCUUUGGCCAAGUCCAACAGAUGCCACACAUUCAGGCUCAAGCCCAUCUCCAGGCCCAAGCACAAGUCCAAAACCACCCCCAGGUCCGAGUUCAGUUUCAGCCACAGCAACCACCCCAAGCCCCAGUACAGCCGGUCGUUCCAAAUCAACCUCAGGUGCAGCUUCAGUCCCAAAACCAAACCCUGUCCCAGCCCCAGGUCCAGGCCCAGCUCCAAUCCAGGGUCCAGCCUCAGUACCACCCCCAGGUACAGGCUUCAUUUCAAACACAGGCUCAGCCCCAGCCCCAGCCCCAGCCCCAGGCUCACCAACAGCCUCAGGUCCAACCUCAACCCCAGGUUCAGUCUCAGGCGCAAACUCAGCUACAGCCCCAGAUCCAAACCCAACUCCACCCCCAGGUUCAGGUCCAGUUCCAGCAACAGAGCCAGGUGCACCCACAACCUCAGGCCCUGCAGCAACCCCAGGUCCAAACUCAAGUCCAAACCCAGCCCCAGUUUCAAGUCACGUCACCGCAGCAGACCCAGGUCCAGCAACAGCUUCAGGUCCAAGCCCAACCCCAAGUCCAAGCUAAGCUCCAAGUCCAGUUCCAGCCUCAGAACCAAACUCAAGUUCAGGCACAGCCUCAGCUUCAGGUCCAGUCUCCAAUCAGGCAUCAGCUCAUCACCGUUCCAGGCCUCCAGCAGCCCGUCCAGCUACUCUCAGCUCUGCCGCCCCAUGUUGCUGCGCAGAUCCAAGCCCAGAUCCAGGCGCAGGCACAGCAGCAAGGCGGGACAGUUCCCCAGCAGAUCAAACUGCAGCUGCCCAUUCAGAUCCAGCAGACAGGGGGGCAGAUUCAGGCCCACCAGAUCCAGAACAUGGUGACCAUACAGGCACCAGCGAGUGUCCAGGAGCAGCUCCAAAGGAUGCAGCAGCAGCAACAACAACAACAACAGCAGCAGCAACAACAACAACAGCAACAACAACAACAGCAACAACAGCAACAAAAACCAAAGAAGAAGAAACACCAUGAGGCUAAAAGGGAACAGAAAGAGCAGAACCUGACUGUUAGCCCCGGGGAUGGUAUCCAGAAACAGGUGGUGGUGAAGCAGAACGCUACAGCAGAACAGCUGAAACAGAGGAAGACCCUGGCUGCAGCUGAGCGAGAGGAGAACCAGAGAAUGAUCGUGUGCAACCAGGUGAUGAAGUUCAUCCUCGACAAGAUCGAGAAGGACGAAAAGCAGGCAGCUAAGAAGAGAAAGAAGGAGGAGGUGGUGGAGCAGAAACGCUCCAAACAGAACGCCACCAAGCUGACCGCUCUGCUGUACAAGCACAAGGAGCAGCUGAAGGCCGAGAUCCUGAAGAAGAGGGCCCUGCUGGACAAGGAGCUGCAGCUGCAAGUCCAGGAGGAGCUGAGGCGGGACAUAGCCCGGCUACAGAAGGAACAGGAGAAGUCCCGAGCUGCUAUCGCUCAGGCUGCCGCGGCAACAGUCAAGGCGGCCUCUUCCCACUCCUCCCACCCCUCCCACUCCACACAUUCCUCUCACAGCACCCACACAUCCACCUCACCUUCCUCGUCCCAUAAACGCAAGAGGGAAGAGGAGCGAGACAAGGACCGAAACAAAGACAGGGAGAGGCAUCACGAGAAGAAACGGGACCGGGACAAGGACCGAGACAGAUGUAAAGACAGAGAUAAAGACAGAGACGGGGAUCGAGAGGAGAGAGAGCGAGAGCGGGACAGACACCGGGACAGAGACAAAGACAAAGACCGGGACAGAGACAAAGACAAAGACAAGGACAGGGACAGAGACAAGGACAGAGAUUCCAGCUCAUCGAAACACAAGAAGAAGAAGAAGCUGUCUUCUACCUCAAAGGAUCAUAAGAAGGACACCAAAUUGUACUGUAUCUGUAAAACGGCCUACGACGAGUCAAAGUUCUACAUAGGCUGCGACCUGUGCUCCAACUGGUUCCACGGCGCGUGUGUUGGCAUCACAGAGAAAGAAGCCAAGAAGUUGGAGGACUUUGUGUGUAACGACUGUAAGCGCGGUCAGGAGGGAGGCAGCACCGAGGAGCUGUACUGCAUCUGCCGGACACCAUACGACGAAUCACAGUUUUACAUCGGCUGCGACCGCUGCCAGAACUGGUAUCACGGCCGCUGCGUGGGCAUCCUGCAGAGCGAGGCCACUCACAUCGACGUGUACGUCUGCCCGCAGUGUCAGUCGACAGAAGAUGCUAUGACGGUCCUCACGCCGCUCACUGAUAAAGACUAUGAGGGGUUGAAAAGAAUAUUACGCUCGUUACAGUCACACAAAAUGGCAUGGCCUUUCCUUGAACCAGUGGAUCCUCACGAUGCCCCUGAUUAUUACCGCGUCAUCAAGGAGCCGAUGGACUUUUCCACAAUGGAAACCCGUUUGCAAAAGCGACAUUACCACAAGCUCACAGAGUUCGUGGCCGACGUGACCAAAAUCUUCGACAACUGUCGCUACUACAACCCCAACGACACGCCGUUCUUUCAGUGUGCCGAGGUGCUUGAAGCCUUCUUUGUACAGAAGCUCAAAGGUUUCAAAGCGAGCAGGUCUCAUAACAACAAGCUACAGUGUUCGUCAGCCUCUUAGAAAGCAUCGCACAUUGCUCAAACAAAAUGCACUUGCCAAGAAUAUGGCUUUUUCUGAACUGUAACUCUGUGCCAGACUCUGCCUCAUCCUGUGUUCGGGAAUCUCCUCUUGACUGUCGUUGAAACCAGCACUGUGCUGCUUUCACACAAGCGUUCAGGCAGAGCUGCCUUCUGCCCAUUUCAGCUCUAAGGGACCUUUUUUUUGGACCUGUCUUCAUCAGUGGGACUGUACUGAGGAGCAACUGAGGCAUUUCAGAAGAAAGUUUACCUCGGAGAAAAGACUCUUUAAGGAGCUCUCAUAUUUCCAUGUUUAUUUUUUUGAUCUCAGUCUUUUUAUUAUUAUUUUUUUCCUUUCUUGUUAAACCCCCCUCAGGCCAUCCUCGUGGUCAUCAUGUCUAAUGAGAAAUUGAAUACUGACAUACAAUGAGCAUAACGUAUCAAGAGUUUUGUGUCUAAAUUGGGAUAUGUGGAACAUAUCCACUCAUUGUUUAGUCUGAAGUGGCAUGAGAGACAGUUGUACUAAAUAUCUGGACAUCAGUAGUCUGCUUGGUAAAACUGGUAUAACCUACUGAACGUGCAGUAAUAAGCUAUUGUAAAUGGAUUGCUCUGCAGUAGUGACUGACCCAGAAGGAUGAAAUAAUGUAUCUGAAGGUUCUUGCCCUGUUUGUAAAAAUAAUUGUCAGAUUUUGACUUGAUUUCUUUUUCUUUUUUUUGUAUUACAUCUGAAGAAAUAUUGAUGUAUAUGGAACUUAAUAAAAUGCAAAAGACUGACUUCU